AUGUCAUCUCCAGCGAGCAAUGAGGAGAGAAAUCGUCUUCGCCUUCAAGCCUGGGAACAGCGCAAUCAUGAGUCCAGCCAAGUCAAAAAACAAAACUUUUUCGACGGGCAUCUUUUUGGGCAACCAUACAAGACGAACAAAGAAGAUGAGCUUUCGAGUCGGAUCCAGAGAAUGCUCGGUAGCUACGAAGACGACUCCAGCGCUGAGCCGUUCAGUAUCCCGUCCUCGCUAACUUUUCCACUUUCAAACCGCACUCCUCCCGUAUCUGAGUCUUCGUCCCAUCUUCAAGUAUGCUACGGCUAUCAAGGACUAAAAGGCACUUGUGCUAAAUCAUCAUCGACUCCUUAUUCUCCCGAUCGUCGCUGUGAAGGAGACAGUUUUUUCCGCCCAUCGCUACAAAAAUCUGCUGCUAGAGAUGACAGAGAUCGACCACUGUACCAUACUCCCAGUGAAGAUGCUAACGCUAACGCUAACAUGCAGUCCUCUCCACAUAACCGGACGAUGGCCAUGUCGCAUUCUCAAGCUUUCCAUUUACCUCUGUCAAACAAGCCACCAGCCAUGACGCAGAAGCCCACGGCCUACGUGCGUCCCAUGGACGGUCAGGACCUGAUUUGGACCGAGUCCCCAGAGCUAAAGCCUCCUUCGGGGCCCCAGACCAGUCUCCAAGAGCUCUCACGAGACAAGUCUGUCCGGGGAAACGCUAACGUGUCGCCGUCGUUUUUGGCGAGUAAAACAAGUGAACUUCAAUGCGUCGAAGAGAUCUUGAGGGAAAUGACCUGCUCCUGGCCCCCACUUCUGUCCGACAUCCACAGCCCUCGUCCACAUUGCGCACCCAAACCCCAAUGCUCCGUCAAAGAAAUCAGUCCAUUAAAACAAGAAAAUGUUCAGGCAGCAUCCAUAGAAUCGUCACAUUCACACCCAGGUUUAACAGUUUUGUCGACAGAGACACCGUCCAGAGCAGUUGAUUCUGUCUGUUCCAGUGACGUAGAAAGUUCAAAAUCGGCGUCAGAGAGUGAAUGUGGCGCAGAUGAUCCUCCCGUGACUGCUCCCAUCAAGCACGCGGCUGCAUUGGGGGACUGGCAGCUGGAUAAAAUAACCGAUUUCAGACAACAGAAUUACAGAAGUAAAACUCAAUGGCCGAACGUUCAAAGUCCAAUUCUAUCACCAGUGACAGACGUCCCGAAACAAGCCACUGUCUGCAUCUUCAGCCCGCUCAGGGACUCCCCAAAACUCCCGCGAGCUUCUGGCUGUCACAAACGUAACAUCAUACAGCAUUGUGCCAAAGAUGAGAAACCUCACAAAGUCUCACACAGUAAAACGAAUGUGAAGGAAGAAUCUGGUCCAAAGAAGAAGCAGAAGUUGCAAGACCCUAGUCCGACUCCACAGACAUCUCAACAAGAACAUUCCACCACAUCUGAUGCCAAAGCGAAUAAAGCCAAGAAAAACGCUGAACCUCAUACAUCGACUUUGAGGGAGUCCAAAAAGUCUAAAAAGUGUAAAACGCACAAACAGCACAGUAGCACCGCACCAGAGUCCAACAAGGAAACCAAGAAAUGCCAAAACGACAGUGAUCAACCCCAGGAGAAGUCCGGGAAAACCAUGCAAGAGACGACGGCGCAAAAGCCGAGGCAAGAAUCAUCCAGAAACAAGCCUCAGCCUAAGUGUGAGAAACGGAAGCUCCCAGUGAAACAUUACAUCAAAGAAGCGAAGCGGCUGAAGCACAAGGCGGACGCCGAGAUGGAUAAACUUCACAAGACGUUCCACUACCUGCAGGCGGCGCUGUUCUUCAUCGAGAGUGGGAUCGCGAUGGAGAGAGAGCCGCACACCUCCCUGUCCUCAUACACCAUGUUCGGAGAAACCGUGGAGCUUCUCAAGUUUGUGCUGCGACUUACAAAUUCCAAAGAUGCCUCUCCAUCCGAAAACGACUUGAUCUCUUUAUGUUUGAGAUGCCAGGCCCUGCUGCAGAUGGCCAUGUUCCACCUCAAACAGAAGCCAGCACUUGCCUUCUCCAAGACCCUCAUCGACCACUUCAAUAACUCCAAGUCGGCUGCUGAUUCGAUCAAAGGAAAAACCAGCGCACAGUCUCCACACGGCGCCGGAGCUAGCGGUUCCAUUGUGGUUCCGCAGGACGUUGGACAAGUGGCUUUAACCUACGUCAACAUCACCACGCUGUUUUUAACGGCUCACGACUUGUGGGAACAGGCCGACGAGUUUGUGACGAAAGGAAGCGGACUGACUGUAGAGCUGGACAGAACAAUGGGAGCCCUGAGUCUGUCUUCCACCAUGAGCUCCAUGGUCUCCUAUGUGCGGCAGGGACUUCACCGACUGCAGACCAGCAACCCCAAGCCCUAA